AUGAUUGCCACCAAAGUCCUCCUUCUCGUCGGCAUGGCCUUCAGCGCCACGAUUGUCGCCGCCAACCCCGUCACCAAGACCUGCGCCAACGUCAAGUGUCCCGUCCGGUGCGAGAUGAUCAAAGGCAACCCUACCUGCGUGGGUGGCCGGCCUCAUAGACCCGAGACCGCCGAGGCCGUGUCUGAGUCUCCUUGUGACUCCGUCCGCUGCAACUACCGCUGCGAAGUCAUCAACAACCAAGCCGUCUGCGUCGGCCCUCCUUCUGAAGAUCUUGCCGCCGACAACACCUCCGUGAAAGGUGAAAAGUGCGGCGUCGCCACCUGUGGCCUAGGGGAAUCCUGCUGCAACGAAUCCUGCGGCGUCUGCGUUCCGCUCGGCGGUUCAUGCGCCCAAGUCAUCUGCGAGCCGGCCGGCAAGCAAUGCGGCCCCAGUGUAUGCUCAGGCGACACACCUCACUGCUGCAAUGAGAGCUGUGGAAUCUGUACCGCUCCGGAUGGAUUCUGCACGCAGCAGCUUUGCAACCGCGGGUUCACUCCCAGUGAGAGCAAGAGGAAUGCGGAGGCUGAUAAGAUCAAGCUGGAAACCCAAAAGUGCGGAAAGGCAAUUUGCCCCGAGGGUAUGAGCUGCUGCAAUUCUAGCUGUGGUAUCUGUGUGAAGCCGGGAGGUGCGUGCACGCAGCAGUUUUGCCAGAGCGCUGACGUCGUGGGUGUUGAGGUAGCCUAA